AUGGGCGCCGUAGACCCUUCCUAUCCUCUAACCCCGCUUGCCAGCUUCAUCGCGGCGGGGCUGCUUGUUCCCGUUCUGCUCUCUAGCCUCGUUCGCGAGAGUUGGAAUCUCGGUGUCAUCUUCCUCUGCUUCUGGCUGAUCUGCCAGAAUGUCAUCUUUGCUCUCAACGCCGUGCUCUGGGCUGACAAUGUCGAUGUGAAGCUGUACGCGUAUUGUGAGAUAUCCAGUCAUCUGCGAGUCGUUGCCGACAUCGUCAAGCCGAUGUCCACUCUCAUCAUCAUGCGCCGAUUGCACUCCAUCGCCAGUCUUCAACCAGUCGAUCUCGACACCCCCAAGAGACGGCGGCGCGAAAGAGUGAUUGAGUGGACUCUGGGUUUCGUCAUACCUAUCAUAGUUUCUGGGCCUCUUUAUCUCGGUCUACAAGGCCCACGUCUCGAGAUGUUGGAAGGUUUCGGGUGCUCUGGUGCAGCACCCCACGCUCUCUUAGUGGUCUAUACCUGGUAUGUCAUGCCUGCUCUGGUGUCCGUCACGGUUUAUUAUCCGAAGAUCGCCAUGAGGUUCUAUCGACAAGGAAAGAACGUCAACCGCUUCUUGCACAGCGCCGAAUCCGGAGUAUCGCGUGUGAGCUACAUCCGCAUCUUGGCUCUCGCAAGCAUCGACCUCGUCCUCACGUUGCCCAUCAACGUCACGACCAUCGUGAUGGUCAUGCUCCCGAUGUUGCAACACAAGCCCACGCCUUUCUACUUGGACUGGCCUUCGGAUGCUAUCGAGCGGGCACCCGUCGUUCAUACGUGGGAAGAUUUGAUUGCCGCUGGAGCCUCCGACGGGUUGAUCGAGGUGUACUUCGUGCGUUGGACUACAGCUUUGCUGUCUGUCAUCGUGUUUGCCAUUCUAGGCUGGACGAAAGGGGCACGCGAAGUGUACGGGAAGGCUCUGAGCUCGCUAGCGGAUGUGAUGGAAUUUAGCAGUGCUCCGGGUCAUUCCGUCUCUUGGGACACAGUGAUCAAUGACCAUGCAUAG